CUCGUGCGUUAUUUGAGCCUCUUACUUUGACCACACUUGGCAACCCACAGUCCUACAGCAAAGCUCCAUCACCAAAUAUCUGGAAAUCAAUUUUAAAGAAAAACAAAAUUCCAUUUAUUUCCUCUUUUCAUAAUUUUUGAAAAAGGGGUACCACUCAAAAAGUAGGAAGCUGUUUAGUAUUUACUCUUUAGUCUCUAGUUUGGCUCAUGUCUAUUUAAGCAGUGGUGGGUUGUUGCGUUGUCCGGUAAGUGUACGUGCGUCGUGCUUUAAGAGUUCUUGUCUGGGCUAGUCUGUUUCUUUCUUCUCUAUAGAGUGUUGGAUUUCGGCAAAAAGAUGAAUUAUUUGGUUGUUGGUGUUAGUCCUGGGAAUGUCCCUGUAUACCAUGGCACUAAUUUGAAGGUGAUUGAUAGAAGAGUGAGGAUUGCAGAGUUGGUUUUGAGGUGCCUGAUAUGUGGCUUAAGUGUUCUUGCUGCUAUUCUUGUGGGAACAGACACUCAAGUCAAAGAAAUCUUCUCAAUUCAGAAGAAAGCUAGAUUUACAGACAUGAAAGCUCUUGUGUUUUUGGUGGUAGCCAAUGUUGUAGCUGCAGCCUACUCAUUCGUACAAGUGGUUCGUUGCGUUGUGGGUAUGGUAAGAGGAAUUGUGCUUUUCAAUAAGCCCUUGGCUUGGGCUAUUUUCUCUGUAGAUCAGGCCAUGGCAUACUUGAAUGUGGCUGCCGUGGGGGCUACAGCACAGUCAGCAGUGUAUGCUAAGUUGGGGCAAACAGAGCUUCAGUGGAUGAAGUUAUGCAACAUGUACGGAAAAUUUUGUAACCAAGUUGGGGAAGGAAUAGCAAUGGCACUACUAGUUAGUGUUAGCAUGGUGUUCCUAUCUUGUAUCUCUGCUUUCAGUCUCUUUCGAUUAUAUGGUGGCAACAAAGCCAAGAACAAUCCCGGGUUGUAGAAUUUGGGUUAGCCAAAACUGCCUUGUUUCACUUUCACAGGCUCGUUCCCAAGGGUUGUGUAAUUUUAUCCGUCAUAUAUAUUUGAUAUAAUGAUGAUAAAAAAAAAGUGGGCUGUAUCAGUUAUGACUCCCAUUUGACAAUAAAUGAAGUUUGGGUUUUGUAGAGAACGACGAUUUGAUACUUACUAAAGUCAGUUAAAUAUUUCAUGAUAAUUGA